UCCCGGCUCAGUAAUAUUCUCAUAGCGGGGCUUUGCAUAUCUCCUGCCGUAUCUGUGUGUGUCUGUCACUGUUACUGUAGUCCCAGCCUAUAGUUUGAAAUAGAUAUGGAAGGAGACGGGAGUCAAGCCACAUCCGGAAGCCUAAAUGAUUCACAACAUGACCCGGGUAAAAUGUUUAUCGGUGGCCUCAGCUGGCAAACCUCACCAGACAGCCUUAGAGACUAUUUUAGUAAAUUCGGAGAAAUAAGAGAAUGUAUGGUGAUGAGAGACCCCACGACAAAACGCUCAAGAGGAUUUGGGUUUGUUACGUUUACAGAUGCUGCCAGUGUAGAUAAAGUCUUAGCUCAACAACACCACGAAUUAGACUCAAAGACGAUUGAUCCUAAGGUUGCCUUUCCACGUCGCGCCCAGCCUAAGAUGGUCACAAGAACAAAGAAAAUUUUUGUGGGUGGAUUGUCAGCCAACACAGUAGUGGAAGACGUGAAGCAGUAUUUCGAACAGUUUGGGAAGGUUGACGAUGCCAUGCUUAUGUUCGAUAAGACGACCAACAGACAUAGAGGAUUUGGCUUCAUAACUUUUGAGAGUGAAGACAUCGUAGAGAAAGUCUGUGAAAUUCAUUUUCAUGAAAUCAAUAACAAAAUGGUAGAAUGUAAGAAGGCCCAGCCCAAGGAGGUGAUGUUCCCACCAGGUACACGAGGGCGAGCCCGGGGUCUGCCCUACACCAUGGAUGCCUUCAUGCUGGGGAUGGGCAUGCUGAGCUACCCUAAUAUUGUGGCAACGUACGGCCGCGGAUACACUGGAUUCGCACCGAGCUACAGCUACCAGUUCCCCGGCUUCCCAGCGACAGCAUACGGACCGGUGACGGCAGCGGCGGUAGCGGCAGCGCGUGGCUCAGGUAGGGGGGCCCGUGGAAGAGGCGGCUACUUGGCGUACCCACAGAGCACAGGGCCAGGCCUCCCCGAUUAUGGGUUUUACUCUACACCCAGUGACCAGAGGGGGGGGCCCUGCUCCUUUGCUGACUAUGGCUCCCUGGGGCCCCAAGCGGCUCAGAUGCUGCACAGUGAGCAUGCCACCUCCGCCUGCAACUCCCCCCUCCAGCACCUACACAGCCCGGAUCAAUUUAAGAACCCAGGAAACAAACAAACAAAUCCCUCCCCACUUUAUAAAAGAAACAACCUAUGCGCCAACCCGUCAAGGCCCGGAGGUUUCCCUGGUGCCAACAGUCCAGGGCCUGUGGCUGACCUGUACGGACCGAGCAGCCAGGAUUCAGCUGUGGGCAACUACAUCAGUGCCGCCAGCCCUCAGCCCGGCUCCGGGUUCGGCCCCAGCAUCACAGGCCCGUUGAUUGCGACAGCUUUUACAAAUGGAUACCAUUGAACAGGUGGCCGGUUGCCAUCUCAUCAGAGCAGAGUAAAUCUGGUGGCCCAGGAAAGACAGGACGGAGUUUCUAAUUGGCUUUGUGUGCAGGUGAUGCUAUCCAACUUCAAGCACUACAGCAUCACCGAGGCAAAAAGAACGAGAGUCGGAAACCAUAUGAAGAAGAAAAGAAAAACGUUAGUCAUCUCAGAAAAAUAACAACUGCUGUACUAUAAUCCAAACCUCCUAUAACUUUACGACCUGGUUUGGUCUGAUGUUUCACGUCGAUUUCAUUCACCAAUUUCCUUCCUCUGUUAGCUUUUGUUUUGAUUAGUUUUUAGGGAGUCAUUUUAGUUUUAACCUUAAUUUCUGUGUCAUUUUAUUUGAUCUAAUCGUAUAUUUGUGUAUUUGUUUGAAGUGUGGGUGUCAUAGCCAAGUCAUGUCUUCAUCUUUGUCGUGUAAAGGAGAAACGAUUGGGUGUCCCAUUCAGUCUUUCUGCAACAACAACAAAAAGAAGCUCAGUGUGGAAAGAAUCGGAAGGAAAAAAAAAAUUUUAAGGAAACUUUAAAGAGGGUAUCUAAGUAAUAAAUCUUAGUAGUUGUUUUAUUUCAUGUGAUGUCUCAUUGUUAACCAUAAUUACCUAUUUUUGGGCAAUACAAAGAGGACUCCAAUAUUUUUAUGGUCCUUUUUUAUAAGUGUUGUUUUUGUUGUUUAGAAAUAUAUAUAUAUGCUAUAACAAAUUUCAUAUAACUACAUUGUGAAUUCAAACUUGAGAAAAAGAAAUGUAGCUGUACAUAUUAUUCCAGUCACUGCAUAUAACCAACUCAGUGAGAGAAUAGCAUAUUUUUGUGAUGGUGUGUCAAAAGAACAUGUUAUAGCGUGUGAAUAGAAGAAAAAGCUGUAAACAGUUAUUAUUAUACUUUUUCUGCUGGAAGACGGUAUAAACGACCCCAGAGACAAACAGAACACACUUUCUCUGUAAAUACCGAAGCCGAAUAAUUUUACAAGUGUCAUACCAGCAAAUAUACAAAUGGUGAGUUGAGUCAACACAGUUUUAAGAAAUACACACAAAAAAGAGCCUGAUUGGUAUCUUCUGUUUAACUGCUAAGAUAUCAGUACUAUUCAAAGAGAGAGAGGAAGAAGAAGAAGAAAAAAAAAAGAUGAUGAAUCCAAAGCACACUGUACUUAGAUGUGACGAUUAGAACUUGAACCAGACAUUCGACAGUGUCUGUGCGUCCUGACACUUUUAUACUCUGGAGAGGAACUUAGGUGUGUGUUAUUGUUUGUUCCAUCCUGCUUGUUCCCGAUUCGUUGUUGUUGGAACACGAGAUCUGGGCUCUGCGCCGGAGCCUUUACGUAACGUGUGUUCUCUGAAUCCCUUCUCCUAUGAAUUAAUUAGGAAAGUCAACAUUUUGAUACCAUACCUCAGCCUUUGCGAGUUCCACCGUGGAAUCAUUGGCAGGUUUUAAUUUAUUCGAGUGGCAAAGUAAAUGAAAAACACUGAAAGGUAAUAAAGCGAGUAAUCAUUGCACUGUGAGUAGUAAAGUACAGGCCAUUUUCCUAUUUGCACAUGUUUAUGUCGGCUUUUUAAAAAAACGGCCCUGUGCUUUGGGAUAGUAUGAAGGAUUUUGGGCUUAAUGUAUUCUCAACUAGACAAACGCUUCCGAGUUUUGAGGUGAGUUAACGGCUCGGGAAGUAGUAACUGAUAUGUUGCAGUGUACGCUUGGAUCUCUUUAUAUAUUGGACCCAUGUCUCAUCUAAAGAUAUUUAUACAGGGUUAAAAGAUGACACUGAAUUAUUCACUCUCUGUCGCUGCACCAGGGUUUACACAGUGUGUGUGCCUAAUGAUUUCACUCAUGACAAACAUUUAAUAAUAAUAUGCUCCGGUCCGGUUUUUAAGAGUCGUGGAAUGAAUGGUGUGUCUUCUGAAAUACUUUACCUGCGACAGGUGUACUUGUUGUUUUAAUUUUACCCACUUCCUGUCUCAUUUAUUUUCUUUCAAAACAACCAGGUAAAGAAAUAUGCUGGAUACUUCUAAAGUAAAAUGAUAUGGAGGUGUGAUCAAGUAAUAAUUUAAAGAAUAAAGAAGAAAAAAAAACGUGUAAUGUUCAAAUGUAAAAGAAAAUAAGAAAUACAAAACUAUUAAAAAAAAGAAAGACGCUUCUUUGCUGAUUUCAAGUUUAAUCAGAGUUUUAUUGAUACGUUGUGGUUUAUAUAUUAAUAAUUGUAAUAUACUAUUAAAAUGUACUGUGCAUCCAUUGCUUUCUCUCUUUCCAUUCCCCAUCCUCAGAGAUCCUACUUCUUUUGUUAUCAUUCAUGUAUUUCAUUAGUGUGUAAAGAAAUCACAGUUAACUUGUAAACAGAGUGCUGUCUUUGAUACCAGUGUAGUGGUCUUUGUUGUUCUCCCUUGCUCUACCUCUCCUUUCUCUCAUAUUUAUCCCUCUCCCUCUCGCGCUCUUUUUCUAUCUCCUGUAAUUACAAAGUAGAUGUUAUAUAGGACUCAUUAAUAUAAUACUUGUAGUGAAUAGUGGAUUUAGUACCAGUCAAGAUAGACCUUUCUCUAAAUGAUCAUGUUAUUCUGAGAUUUGCAGUCAAUUAUUUUGAUAGAGGUUCAUUGUAAUUUAUUCCCUGUAUGUUUUCUUUUUGUUUCGGUUUUGCCACUCUCACAUGGUUUCAGCUAACCAAAGCUCUCAUGGAUGAACACUAGAGAACAGUUGCUGUAAGAUGGAAUUGUACACGAGGCAUUAUUUGGAUCCCCACCCUUGAAUGUUUUAAAAGGGGUGUGCCAUACUACCUUAAAUGCUAAUGCUAGAUAUGCAAAACUGUUAUUGUUAAUUACUUUCAAAGAGGGACACACGUUAUAAUUAUGGACAAAGAUUUUAUGUCAAAUGUAUUUCAUAUUUUUUUAAGAAACAUACCAAUGAUUAUCACACUAGUCAUAAUAUCAGUCAUAGUGCUGUUUAAAUAGCAUGUUCAAUCUUUUAAUAGUUGUACACUUUAGAAAUAUCCCAUAUGCCUUUUAGACAAUACUGUUAUUGACCUCUAAAUUUUCAUUAAUAAGUAAUAAUUUAAAGAUUCCAUUCUGGGAACUAGCUUUUGUUUUAAUCGGCAAUUAAUGUUGUUCACACAUAUUGACGUUAUAGAAGCGUUACUGUACAAAUAAAAGCGACCGACAGCAAAAGGCUCCAUAACAGAAGACUUCUGUCUCCAAAGCAAUAUUACAGCUGUUAAAGAUUGGUCUGUGAUCAGGGAAUUCAUGUCCUGACACAUUGGACCGGCGCCCUAAACCUGUGAUUCACCGCUGAGAGCAGAAAAGAUCAUAUUUAAGUUUAAUUGAGUUUAAAUGCCCUACAAAAAAAACUAAAUACCAUGAUGAAGGAUGUCCAUAAUUCAAACCUGUUAGAUUCCCACAAACAGCUGUGUUUCAAGCAAAAACGAACCUAUUAUAAAGCCUCACGCUGUGUGCACACGGCAAGUUAUUUUUUUGGUAUAAUUUCAAUGAAACAUAAUUCGGGUUAUUUCAUAAUUUCACCUCAUGGGGUUUUAAAAUUGAAUCCUGGCACAUUAAUAAAUAACAUUAGUGUCUAUUGUUUUGUUCAUCCACUAUAGACUGUCAAAUGACAUGCAGUAAGCUCAGUAAUGGCAGCUUUGAUAGUGAUGAUCAACACACAUUAUCCAAUGAACCAGCAAGUGUACGGGACAAUGUGCUAUUUAGAAAUAAGCAAAGAGACAUUUCCCCAAAAGACAAUGUCCACAUGUCCAAUAAUAUAAAAGCAAGUAAUUGUAGUAUACAGUACCGGGAAAAUCGAGUAUUUGAAAAACUAAGUAAAAUAAUAUAUUUUCAAAUAAAUAACAUGUUUCAAGUAGUAAUUCUUAGGUUUGACUCAGUUGCACAUUUUUGUGUCAAAAGAUAUGUCAAAAAACAAUAAUUAUGUGCGCUAACAAACUUAGACACGGUAAAAGAAAGUUCCUCCCUUUCAUUAUCUGAAUAUGUUUUUAAAGAAUAAACUAUAAAUAAAACCACUGACAGACGCUCGUUAGGAACUGUAGUGGAUUCAAAUUUCGCUGCCAUUUUAUCUGCAAAACAAAUGUGCAACAAGUAUGACACAUAUUAUUUAGUUUUUUUCCCCCGGUUGCAGCAACCUGGUGGCUCAAACUAAGAUGAACCCUCAUUCUCCCUCUCCCAAUCUAAAAAUGGACUCUUCCAUUGUUUUGUGAUCCUGUAGCUUGGACUUUAAGGUAGCAUGGCUCCGCUGCUGUAAUUUAAUUUAAUCUCAAACUGACAGCAGUUUACAGCUGAUGAAUGUUACACAUCUUAGUAGACUAGCGUAUCCAUUUGGGAAAAGGGGCGGGGUCUUGAUUUAAGAAAAAGAAAUAUAAUCAAAAAAGAAAAAAAGUCAACCUGGAAGGUGUUGACAUUUGUAGUGUACUACCGUAUCCAUUUAAACUUGAAUCUUGAGGCAAGUGCUAGGCAAUGGCCAACCGAUUUAUCCCACCCACUGUGGGAGAAGCCCGCCCUGAAACCGCGGGAGAUUUCUGUCCCCUUGAAUCUGUUUUAUGGAUAUGAACAAUCACAAGAGGACUGUUUCAGGCUCUGCUCUAUUUCUAAUUCACUGACUUUGAAGGCCCAUUGAACGAUCUUAAGCAUUGACGCCCAAAAGCGGCUUAUUGCUCGUGGGGCUGAUGGUUUUUAACCAGACCAUGUACACCCUUAUCUCUGAGAGAUACUGGAUGUUGUCACGGCGACCACAAGUUAGUCUCCCGGUCCACAAAGUGACUACCGCCACCAUUUCUCGGGUUGGCUCCCUGGGGUCGGCUCUCGGGACACGAGGAUCGGUUCAUGUUCGCAAAUUACGACUGAACCCUUCCAGGUGACAGAAUUAGCGCCAGUUCGACUGUGCUGUCGCGUUUCAGGGCGACUUUUCCCCUCCAGUCCAAACCAUUCGCCAUCUCACCCACGCUCACGGCUGGAUAUAUACAAUUGCAAUGUAUAUGUGUCUAGAUGAAUAUAUAUAUUUGCAAUUUUCACCCAUUUGAACAUUGUUAGACUGGAGACCUCAGCUGUAGACAGAAUCCUCUUCACACAGCUCCACCCAGGUUCAUUAUUAGCUUCUGUUCACCCACACGAGAGUUCACCCCUGGCGUGUUGUCGAGUUUGGAGCAGACCGCACGGCCUAGAGGGGAGCCUGGAAGCUCUUCAGACUGCAUGGACGGCAGUGUGAGGCUCUGCUGUGCUUCUAUGUUUCUGCAGGCUGAGCACAGAGCUCUCUUCACCGCUGACUGCCCAUUCCUAACACUUGCCCCUUUUUUUUAUGUUAACCGACUUUUUAUGGCGAGAGACAGACAGACUUGACUGACAUCUGAAAGCAUCUUUCAGGUUAUCAUAUGGCUUAAGCCCUGUUGUAAAAAUAUACUUUAAAAAAAGAAGAAAAAAAUGAUAAUAAUGACAACAAUAAUAAUGGAUGGGGGUCUCUCACAUAUCAAAUGUGGAAAGUCUAAUUUUAUAUUUGUAUUUUCAAAUAAUAAUAUUGACAAAAAAUGUCUGUGAAAGGUUUCCAUCCUCUACUGUGGUCCAGAAAUUGAUGUGUCUGUCUGGAAAAUAAAUAAAAUAAACUGAAUUGUUAUAUGA